UAAUGAUUUGUCAUCGCAAGGAGCGGGGUGUCUCUCUUUGCAGAGGAAACCUUGGCCGUGAUUGACAGUGGGGCUGUUUCUGCCACUUCCCUCGCUGUUGUCAAGUAAUAAUGAAGCUUUGUCAGUCCAUCAUGGACAUGGAUAUGCCAGAUUAUGUCGACUCCUUGGACUCCUCUUAUACCAUGCUGGAAUUCGACAACCUCCGCGUGCUCCCCAACAACACCGAGGCCAUCGCGGCCGAGUCCGCCAACGCCAGCCUGCUCCCCAACGGAGUCAACUCGCUGUGCUCCAUCUGCGGGGACAGGGCCACGGGCAAGCACUACGGGGCCUCCAGCUGUGACGGCUGCAAAGGCUUCUUCAGGAGGAGUGUCCGCAAGAACCACGUCUACUCCUGCAGGUUCAACAGACAGUGUGUGAUAGACAAAGACAAGAGGAACCAGUGCAGGUACUGCAGACUGAAGAAGUGCUUCAGAGCUGGCAUGAAGAAAGAAGCCGUGCAGAACGAGCGGGACAGGAUCAGCAUCCGCAGGAGCAGCUAUGAGGACAAUGGCUCUCUCUCCAUCAACAUCCUCACCCAGGCUGAGGCCAUGGCACAGCAGUAUUUAUCCCUGAGCCCCGUGCACAGCACAGACAUGUCCAUGAAGAAGAUUGCCACCAUCAACGAUGUGUGUGAGUCCAUGAAACAGCAGCUCCUGGUGCUGGUGGAAUGGGCAAAAUACAUCCCAGCCUUUUGUGAGCUCCCCCUCGACGACCAGGUUGCUUUGCUCAGAGCCCAUGCAGGGGAACAUUUGCUCCUCGGGGUAGCCAAGAGGUCCAUACCAUACACUGAUUUCCUGCUAUUAGGGAACGAUUUCAUCAUCCCCAUGCACUGCCCAGAGCUGGAAAUCGCUCGUGUGGCCACCAGGAUCCUGGACGAGCUGGUGAAGCCGCUGCGGGAGAUCCAGAUCGAUGACAACGAGUACGCCUGCCUCAAAGCCAUCAUCUUCUUCGACCCAGACUGCAAAGGGCUGAGUGAGCCUGGCAAGGUGAAGAACAUGCGCUUCCAGGUGCAGGUGAACCUGGAGGAUUACAUCAACGACCGCCAGUACGACUCGCGCGGCCGCUUCAGCGACAUCCUGCUGCUGCUGCCGCCCCUGCAGAGCAUCACCUGGCAGAUGAUCGAGCAGGUGCAGUUUGUCAAGCUCUUUGGGGUGGCCAGGAUCGACAGCUUGCUGCAGGAGAUGCUGCUGGGAGGAACCACUGCUGAUCUCCAGUACCAGUCAGCACCUCCCAACCUCAACCUGGAUCCACUGCCAGGACACGUCCUGCAAAGCAACAUGACCUCUGUGAUCCACGCUGCUCCAGACCCAUCUCCUGAGACAUCCCUUCCAUCUCCCUCUGCCAGCACAGGCAGUGAAGAUUACAAGCUAGGCUCUAGCGCAGGGCCCAGCACCGUAGUGCAGCUGCUGCCUCAGCCAGUGAUGCCCAAGCAGGAGAUUCUCUAGGGAGAGGAGCAGGAGCAGCUGGGGAAGCUGUGCUGACAGUGAAACGGGCACUUUCUCUUUGCAGAGGCCAAGCACAGCUCGCCCCUGCCCGCGGCCGGAGCCGCUGCCAGCCUCCCCCGCCCGUGAGCUCAGCAAGGGCCAGCCUGCAGAGGAGCCUCACGUGGGACCCCCACAGCACCCCUGGCACAGGGACUGGGGUCCAUGGACUCCUCAGUAAUGCCAGGACUGCCAGCUCUUCGGGUUCUCAGUGUUUGUGACAUUGCUCGGUGCCGCCGUGACCCUCUCGCCAUCCAUCCAUCCUCCAUCCAUCAUCCAUCCAUCAUCCAUCCAUCAAUCCAUCCAUCAAUCCAUCCAUCAUCCAUCCAUCCAUCAUCCAUCCAUCCAUCAUCCAUCCAUCAUCCAUCCAUCAUCCUCCAUCCAUCCAUCAUCCAUCCAUCAUCCUCCAUCCAUCAUCCAUCCAUCAUCCAUCCAUCCAUCCAUCCAUCCAUCCAUCAUCCAUCCAUCAUCCAUCAUCCAUCCAUCCAUCCAUCAUCCAUCCAUCAUCCAUCAUCCAUCCAUCCAUCAUCCUCCAUCAUCCACCCAUCAUCCAUCAUCCAUCCAUCCAUCCAUCCAUCAUCCAUCCAUCCAUCAUUCUCCAUCAUCCAUCCAUCCAUCCAUCAAUCCAUCCAUCAUCCUCCAUCCAUCAUCCAUCCAUCCAUCAUCCAUCCAUCAUCCAUCCAUCAUCCAUCCAUCCAUCCAUCAUCCAUCCAUCCAUCCAUCCAUCCAUCAUCCAUCCAUCAUCCUCCAUCCAUCCAUCCAUCCAUCCAUCAUCCAUCCAUCAUCCAUCAUCCAUCCAUCCAUCCAUCCAUCCAUCAUCCUCCAUCCAUCCAUCCAUCAAUCCAUCAUCCACCCAUCAUCCAUCAUCCAUCCAUCCAUCCAUCCAUCCAUCAUCCAUCCAUCCAUCAUUCUCCAUCAUCCAUCCAUCCAUCCAUCAAUCCAUCCAUCAUCCUCCAUCCAUCAUCCAUCCAUCCAUCAUCCAUCUAUCCAUCCAUCCAUCAAUCCAUCCAUCAUCCUCCAUCCAUCAUCCAUCAAUCCAUCCAUCCAUCCAUCCAUCCAUCCAUCCAUCCCAGUGCCUUGCACAGCUCCUGCUAUCCCCUCAUGCACACAGCCUGGCCUGAAUUGGAAUGAAAAAAUCUUUUCCCAUCACAAAUUUCAUUAAUUACACUCCCACUUCUCCUGUUAAGCUUUAGGAAAAAUAUCAUCAUAUUCCACCCAGAGGGGCCUUGUCCCAUCAUUUAAUGCUGCCCAGUUAUUUUUUUAUAAACAGAAACACCAACAUUUUGCUAUUUUUCAUAAUUUGAAGAGUCCAUUUGUGAGCCAGUGGACGGACUCUGCCCUGUGAGCACAUCUGACACCAGACAGCAGCAAAGAUCUCUGCCUCUCACCGUGGCUGCUGCUCUGCUAAACCCCAAAAUCAAGGCUGACUUAUCCCAACCCUGCUUUGUAUCUUCUGCAAACUUUUACUGCAAACAUUUUUGGAAGAAGUGCCCCAAAAUACCUUUUCCCAGUGCACAGACAUGAUUUUUCUGUAGUUUUGUAUUUCUCUGUAAUGUCUGCAAUGUGGCUCUAAAUUAGCCAAAAAAAGGAACAGGUAGGUCUGUGAACCACUUUUUAUAAAAAGAGUUUGUAUUUAAAACAAGGUGCUUCUGCCUUAAUGGAAAAUUUAAUCAUUUUACAUUAAAAAUGUAAAAUAGUUGAAUUCAAUAAGCCCAGUGGUGGGAUUAUUAAUUAAUUAAAUUAAAUAAACCCAGUAGUGACUAAAAAGCCUCAAGAGUUCCCAAAGUUGUGCUAUGGAGUUGAUUUGAAUGAAUGGGACUUUAUUAAACAGCAAAUUAUCAGAUUUCCACAGAACUUGAGCUCAUUUGUGCACCAACAAAACAUGAAACAGCCACUGAGGGAUGAGGAGUGGCAGUGGGACACGAUGAAUUCCUGGCUCUGCCCCUCUGCACAAACUGCCACCCCAGCCCUCCCUGCUGAGCUGUGGAGCCCAGAGGGGCUUUGGGGAGCAGCUGGAGAUGCUCAGCUGGAGGAAACAACCCAAGCAUUUAAAGGAGACUUUAAAUUCCCCAGCAGCAGGGGAAUCCCAGCCUUGCCAUUCUGCAGCACCAGGGAGAGCUGAAAACCAGCAGAGAGAGGCUCCAAUUUCACCUGGAUCAGAAUGUUUGCUUUUUCUCCUGCCUCUGAUGAAUUUGAUCUGGAAUUUUAUGCUGAUAACCCUGACUGGAACCAGCUCUGUCUGGAAAGCAGGUUCCACUGCAGGCAUUCCUGCUGCAAGACAGAUGCAAUUGUUCUGAGCCAGCAUUGCUUCCAGUGCCUCCAGCAGCUCCAUUCCAUUCCUCUUCCAGACAUCAAAUGUACAUUUAUGCUCAUUAAUGGUAAGAAAACAAAUCUAUGGGGGAAAUAAAUUACAUAUUCUCGUA